AAACGAUCUGUAGGUCGACGAUUAAGAUCAGUGUUUUUGGAGCAGUGGUUUUAUCAAGAACUGAAUUUGUUCUGUUAAGUGCAAUUGUGAAAUAUGGGUAAAGACUACUACAAAAUCCUUGGGAUUACCAAAGGUGCGUCUGAGGAUGAAAUUAAGAAGGGCUACAGGAAAAUGGCGCUGAAAUAUCAUCCAGAUAAAAACAAAUCGCCGGGAGCCGAAGAAAAAUUCAAGGAAAUUGCAGAAGCAUAUGACGUACUGAGUGACCCAAACAAGAAAGAGAUUUACGAUAAGUAUGGUGAGGAAGGACUGAAAAAUGGACCCCCUCCCGACAGUGGUUUCCAGGGAUCCGCACCUGGUGGUGGUGGAAACUUCCACUAUGAAUUCCAAGGGAACCCAAGAGACACAUUCCGUAUGUUCUUUGGAGGGGAUGAUCCAUUUGCAAGCUUUUUCGGAGGUGGCGGUGGUGGCGGACGUGGAUUUGGUGGCCCCGGUGGCGGUACAUCACGCAUGUUUCAUUUCGGUGGCCCCCAGGGUCAAGAAGACAUGGAUGUUGACGAUAAUCCGUUCGGAGGCAUGGGUGGUAUGGGUGGAGGACGACCACAAAGAAAAAGGCAAGAUUCCGCAGUGGUGCGCGAACUACCAGUGGCUCUGGAGGACAUUUAUAAAGGUGCCACGAAGAAGCUCAAAAUUACUCGUAAAGUGCUAAAUAAUGAUGGACGUACAACGAGAACAGAAGAUAAGAUCUUGACAAUUGAUAUAAAACCUGGAUGGAAAGCAGGAACAAAGAUUACAUUCCCAAAGGAGGGUGAUCAAACCCCGAACAAUAUACCAGCUGAUGUUGUCUUUGUUAUAAAAGACAAACCACAUAGUAUAUUCACAAGGGAAGGCAGUGACAUUAGAUACAAAGCCAAAUUAUCGCUCAAAGAUGCUUUAUGUGGAACCACUCUACAAGUCCCAACAAUUGACGGCAGGAAAAUCCCCCUACGUUUACGAGAAGUUGUGAAACCUCAUUCGGUCAAGCGAAUACAAGGAGAAGGCUUACCCAUACCAAAACAGCCUGGAAAACGGGGGGACUUAAUAAUUGAAUUUGACGUUGUGUUCCCAAACCAGAUCUCGAACACUGCAAAAGAAAUUCUGGCAGACUGCCUGCCUUCAUCUUGAAUGUAAAGAACACAUAUCAUGUAAUUUUAUGAAUAUUGUUUAAAUGUGUAUGUAUGCCUAAAGGAAAGGUGAAAAAACCCAGACAAUGUGAAAGUGUUGAAUGGCCUACACAAACUCAUUAACAGAGACACUGAUAAACCAUAAUGUAUCGAGACAUUGUGUAUGUGAUAUUGCUGCAGGGAUUGUGUGCUAUAUUCAGUAGUGCCAAUGUAUGUACUGCAUCUUUAUGCUUGAGUUGUGCUAUAAGUGCUGACGAGUGUAUAUUUAUGGCAGUGUGUUUUCACAUUGCCUUGAGAUGCUCUGUUUUGUUUUAAGGAACCAAUUGUUGUAAUUGAUGAGAAAGUGCAUAAAAAUAUUUCUUGUA